AUGUGCUUCUCUCUUUAUCUCUUAGCUUCUCACUGUGCUUCCCCUUUCUUUCUCUCUCUCUCUCUCCCUCUCAGCUUCUCUAUUUCCCUCGCGCCGACGUCCACUCUCUCAGCUUCUCUAUUUCCCUCUCACUGUUCCCCCUCUCUCUUAGUUUUUAUUCCCUCUCACUGUUCCCCUCUUUCAGGCUCUAUUUCCCUUUCUAUGUGCCCCUCUCUCUCUCUCUCUCUCUCAGAUAUUUUAGCUCACACUAUUCCCCCUCUCUUUCUCAACUUCUCCAUUUACUUUUCUUUGCGCCUCUCUAUUCGCCCUCUGUCUCUGUUCCUCUCUCUCUCUCUCUCUCUCUCUCUCAACCUCUCUAUAUUCUUUUCUUUGUCUCUCUCUCUCUCUCUCAGAUACUAUAUUUACCUCUCUUUGUGCACUUUCUCUUUCUCUCUCUCCCUCUCAGCCUUUCUAAUCCCCGUUGUCUGUGCCACUCCCUCUCAGCCUAUUUAUUUCCCUCCCACUGUGUCCCCCCUCUCUCUCUCUCUCUCUAAGCCUCAUUUUUUUCCUCUUUCUGUGCCCCUCCUAUUUCCCUCUCUCUGUACUCCCUCUCUCUUUCAGUCACUCUAUUUCCACUCUCUGUCCCCCCUCUCUCUCUCUCUCAGCUCUAUUUCCUUCCCAUUGUACCACUCUCUUUUAGCCUAUUUAUUCCCCUCUGUCUGCGCUCCUCUCUCUCUCUCUCUCUCUCUCUCUCUCUCAGCCUAUUUCACUCUCUGUGUAACUCUCUCUUAG